UUGAACACCAAAAAUGCCGAACGCAAAACAAAAAGUAGAUACACUGCUAUUCAACUAUGAAUCGACAUACCGAACCGAUUACCAACGGUACAUAAUCAAGGAAUAUCCCAAAACAGUAUACAAACCGCGAGUCAGUCACUAUGUAAGAGGUCUACCAGAUUAUAAGAAUGUGCAUACAAUGAGGGAGUGGAGGGGAGACAGACCUCCCUUUAAUAUCCUGCACAAACCUAAGGACGUUGUUAGAACGAACCCCAGAAUUGUGCAACAGGCAUUUGAAAAGCCCAUAGAUAUAGAUAGGGAAGAGGUCCAAAAGACAAGGCCUCGAUUAGUGAUGACUCCAGCAGUUAGUAUGGAUGAUAUAGAAGAUCCUCGUGCGCGGGAAAUCCUUUGCAAUGACAUGUAUACGAGUGACAUGACGAGAGCCACACGGGAAGCUGUUACUCCGAGUGUUAAUGUUGCCGCGCCACUGCCGGGACUGCCUGCGCAGACUAAUCCUAUAUUCCUGCCAAAACUACAACCGCCGGUGGUGUCCCCUGAGUGGCGAAUGGAGAGCGUGUCCUGGGACGGAAAGCAACUGAGAAGCUAUUGUGAUCCCACCAAAUCAUUCUGGCUUACACAAAAACUACCUAGGUGCCGUAUGUGUGAAGAAACUGCAAUUGUCAAACAACACCGAGAUAAUUUGCGAAAAAUGAACCAAAGUAAAUAAUUAUAAUCGAAAUCAGUGUCUCAUU